AUGGGCAAACGAAAGCGGACAGAUGGCGCCACCAAUGGAGCGCAAGAAAAAAAGCCAGCUCUCGUAAAAAAAGCCAAAAAGGCCAAAGCAUCCGAAUUAUCGACCGCACCCGUAGAAAGCUCUUCAUUGACUAUCCAGGUCGUUACAGGAUCUUACGAUAGGAUUCUUCACGGGUUGACAGCUACGAUCUCGGCUGAUGACCAAGUCGAAUUCGCAGACACCUUUCUCUUCAAUGCGCAUAACUCGGCGAUACGAUGCCUAGCUCUAUCACCCCCUUCAGCUCCGGAGCAUGGCAAACUACAGAAAGUCAUGCUGGCUUCGGGCAGCAGCGAUGAACGAAUUAACGUAUAUAACAUCUCGGCGCAUCCACCCAGCCGCAAGCAUCAAGAUGCCUUGUCGUCCGUCGCACCUAGAAAGAUCCUAGAGAACCCGAAAAAUCGAGAGAUAGGCACACUACUACAUCAUUCCUCUACGGUUACGAAGUUAUCCUUCCCCACAAAAUCCAAGCUCAUUUCGGCCUCUGAAGAUUCUACUAUAGCCGUUACUAGGACCAGAGAUUGGUCUUUACUUUCAUCUAUCAAGACUCCCAUACCAAAACCCCAGGGUCGGCCGAGCGGCGACACGGCGCCACUGGGUGCCACGCCCGCCGGCGUUAAUGAUUUCGCCGUUCAUCCGAGCAUGAAACUCAUGAUCAGCGUUAGCAGAGGCGAGCGAUGUAUGCGAUUAUGGAACUUAAUGACGGCGAAGAAGGCCGGCGUACUCAAUUUCAGCCGGGAUAUGCUACAAGAUGUGGGAGAAGGGAAACAUUCCUCGGGAGAGGGUAGGAAAGUGGUAUGGGGCAACACCGAAGACGGUGACGAAUUUUGUGUCGGAUUCGAUAGAGAUGCCCUCGUGUUCGGCAUGGAUAGCACACCGAAGUGUAGGGUCAUGCCAGAACCGAAGAGCAAGAUACACGAAAUCAACUACGUUACGAUAGACGCGGCAAAUGACUCGUCACUGUUAGCCGUAUCGACGGAAGACGGGAAGAUCCUAUUCUUAUCUACAAGAAGUGAAGAUUUGACACCGAGUAAAUCUACGGAGGGAAAAGGGAAAACAUCACUACCAAUGGCGAAAUUGAUCGCGCAAGUUGGCGGAAAAGACGCUGGGGUCUCGGGACGAAUCAAAGAUUUCUCCAUAAACAGGAUGUCCGGGAAAGGCGGGGAGGACGACUUAGUUAUAGCGGCCGGUAGCAGCGAUGGCAAGAUCCGCAUCUUCAAGGUCGCCGUAGCAAAGUUGAAGAAGGCGAGGAAAUCGAAGAUCGCACCGACCAACAGGAUAACGUGUGUGGAGGCGUUUACAAUGAUACCCCGACCAGAAGGAGACAGUGGCCCUCCCUUACUGCGGCCCAUUCCUCUCCGGCCGUUCGACUUACAUCGCAGGGAGCCUACUCCCCCGGAAGAUGAACCCAUCCCCCCUCUUACGAAUUCGGGACACAGCUCCUCGCUAAAUCUAGAUAUUCUAAACUCCCGCCUCCUCGACCGAAGAAACAAUGGCUCCGCACCCGAAUCCGCUUCGAUUAGCCGCGCCCAGUCUGCGCUCGACAUAACAGGUUCGACACUUAUGGGCAUCUACAACCAAGCGAACUUCAGUAAGGAUAAGCUCAACUACUUGGGCGUGGAUGAGCCGAGUACGCCAUGGGGAACCGGUGCCGAGACACCCGCUAAGGGUUUGAAAGUCGACAGCCCGCACUACGAGCUACAGAAGGAGAGAGCGCAACCAACUCGGAGACGAUCCUCUCUACAUACGGCGAUACGCCCACAACCGCUUUCCAUUUCCCAGCGCACAUUGUACCUAGGAUCACGAGGCUUGUUUCUAUUCGUUCUAGGCGUGCUAUACGGGAUGCUAGUGGCCCAGCUUAGGGAUAGGCGGCAAGGCACUGGGCAUGGUAGCUACAACUUCGGAAGCUUGGCUUUCUGGGGCAUAUCUGCAGUUGUGAUGGGUAGCUUAUUACCGUGGAUCGACGGCAUAUGGGAGCGAGUAGUUGGGUGCGACGAAGUCGCCGUUGAAUCCGCUGCAGACCACGGAAUGGGUGGCGACAUUGUGGAGAAUGAGCCUGCUUCGUCCACCGACUGGGCGCUUGCGGUAAGAGGUAUCGGGGCUUUCGUUGGAAUUGCUUUCGCCAUCAGAAAACUGCCGUGGGACUCGACUUUGCAAGUCUCGAUCACGUUAGCUCUCGCGAAUCCAGUUCUCUGGUUUCUGAUUGACCGCUCGAUGCCUGGCUUCCUACUAUCGGCGACCGUUGGGAUAGCCGGAGCUAUGGUGUUGCUGGGGUUAAAGCCAGAUAUGGUACCGACACCGACGAACCCGUCAGCCUCCAUAUUCCCCGGGUACGAUACGCAAUACGAUAAUACGAGUAGCGGUUUUGCCCAGCAACAGCAGCAGCGGUCACAGGAGUUUAUCUCGUUUGGCGGGGUAACGGUCACCCAAGAAGAGUUCGGUACGGUUAUUUUUAUGAUGAGUAUACUGUUCUGCUGCUGUGUAUGCUUCGGAAAUAUCGGUCGCUGGAUCGCACUAAAUCGAGGCACAGUCACAAGGGGUAGGUGGGCCGAGCGGCGGUGA